AUGCUUUGCCGACCUGCUAUCUGCUCACACUCUUUGGGACGUGCUUGGGUGCACGAUCUACCGUCCAAGUUGGACCAAGCGGCGCGAUAUGGAUUCGACAUUGAGCUUUUCUACGAAGACCUCUACUAUGUCGCCAAAGACUUGCCCGGCGGUGCGACUCCCGAGAAUCACAUGAGAGCAGCCAGAUACGUGCGAACGCUGUGCGACGACAGAGGAAUCAGCAUAAUUUGCCUGCAGCCCUUCAUGCACUACGACGGCCUGAGAGAUCGGGAAAGACACGCCGAGCGGGUGCAAGAAAUGAAGCUUUGGAUCGACAUGGCUCACGUACUUGGAACGGACCUGAUCGCUAUCCCAUCGACUUGCUUGCCCGAUGACCAAGUCAGUGGUGACCGUGAACUGAUCACCAAAGACAUGCAGGAGAUCGCAGACCUGGGCGCUCCCGAGGGCAUCAGAUUUGCGUACGAGGCACUCUGCUGGGGCACCCACAUCGACACUUGGGAAGACGUGUGGGAUAUCGUCAAAAGGGUGGAUAGACCAAAUUUCGACAUCUGCCUCGACACCUACAACAUGGCGGGCCGCGUCUACGCAGAUCCGACUUCACCUACAGGCAAGACUCCAAACGCAGAAGCCGACAUGGCCGCGAGUUUGAAACGUCUCGUCCAGACCGUCGAUGUCAACAAGAUUGCUUUCGUACAGGUCGUCGAUGCCGAGCGCCUCGCAGAGCCUUUGGUCGAAGGCCACGAAUUUUUCAACCCGGAGCAAUGCGCACGGAUGAGCUGGUCGCGCAACUGCCGACUUUUCUAUGGCGAAGAAGAUCGAGGAGCUUAUCUGCCGGUCAAAGACAUUUUGAAAGCCAUCAUCGUUGAUCUAGGCUACCAAGGAUAUCUCAGCGCGGAAUUAUUUAACCGUAGUUUGACUUGCACCGAUGUCAAUGUGCCGGAAGAGCAUGCACAGAGAGCUGCGGAGUCGUGGCAGAAGAUUCUUGCGGAUUUUGACGUUCCGCAAAAAGGGAUGUCGAUGAAUUCUGGUCGAGCAGCGACUGAAGGCGCUCCACGGGCUCAGCUCUAG